UCAAUUUUCAAUCGAUUGUUUGAGAUUGAGAAAUUGUGUUGUUUACAAAAAAACGAUAACGUAUUCUCCGCUUAUCUUUUUCCACAAUGAUAAUUUACAUUUGCCUUGUCUCAUUUGUUUUGUGGGUCGGUUAUAAGUUCAUAUAACUUCUUUUAUUCAUCUUAACUAACAAUGUGAGCUAAUUAUAUAGAAUUUAAACAUUUUAGUAGAUUAUGCGAUAAACAUCUACAAUGUCUACAACUUUCGCAAAUAGAAGCAAAAUUAUAACAGAAAUGAUGAAGUUUUCGUUCCAUCAUAGGGCUUUUUAUUGUUACCUUGGCAUGAGUGUUUGGAUAUUCUUUUUGAUAACAGUAAUGUAUAAAUACAUGUCACUGGGUGAGGAAACUAUAGCCGUGAAGAAGAUAGUAAGGAAUGAUUACAUAUCAAAGAGUGACUCAAAGUUCCGGAAGAUUUACUUGAGAGCCUGUAACCCUCCGGACAGCAUUGUUAGAGGAUCUGAAGGUGUUGUGGACAGUGACACCUGGUUGCUGCAAGGAGCUCUGGUGGUGACGAGGCAUGGUGACCGAGGACCUUUAACACAUCUUAAGAACGGGGACAAAUUACCUUGUGAUGCUGAACCAGUCUCGCCUCUUCUGAAAAGCUAUGAAGAGUUUGUGUCCAAUGCGAGUACGUCGGGCAGAGCGUGGUGGGUGUCCGUAGCGGGGCCCUUUCACAACUUCCCGUCGUUACCAGCAAAGGCGCCGGGUACCCGCUGUGCCUUGGGACAGUUGACUCCUAGAGGGAUACUUCAGAUGGUUACUGUCGGUAAUAUUUUACGAGAGGCAUAUGGAGAUAAAUUGAACUUGGAGAAUGUUGAGCCACAAGGGAAAAAAGAUACAGGUGAAGUCCUAUCCUACAGCACUCGGUACCGGCGUACAUACCAGUCGUUAGUAUCACUAUGGUGGGGGGCUGGGCGAGCGGGCGCAGGGGGCAGGGCGGCGGCGGCGCGGGAGGCACAUAGUGUCGCCUUCUGCUUCCGGGACUGUGCUUGCGCCGCACUACAUGCUCUUAGCAGAAAAAUAAACACGCAAGCAAAGAACCGUCUAGAAUCUCAUCCGGCGAUCAAAGAGCUAGUCAGCAAGUUGUCCAAAGUUUUAUUCGAGUCUCAAGAACAUCCCGACGCUGACGUUGUAAGAGACGCACUCCUCGCCUACAUGUGUCACGACGCCCCCCUCCCCUGCACCGAGAAACCUAAACCACAGACAAAAACCAAACUCUCAUUAACGAAAAAACAGCGAAAAUUUCGACAAAACACCGUUCCCGGACGAAAAAUCCUCGAUGUCGAUAUCGAUACUUUGAACAUGGAGUUGGACUACAUUAAUAACCAAAUGGAUUUUAAUAACGAAAUUGGGAGAAAGGCAAGAGAUAUCAUAGGCAAGUAUUACGAUACAAAGCAAAAAGCUCCGUUAGAUUUUGACGCUCAGAUGGAAAGAGAAAAGCUACUAUACUACCAACAAAGGUACCUCGAUAACGCUGAUGGUUACGAAGAUGUGGUUAUCGUAAAGAAAAAUCUAGACGCCGAUUUCAAUUUCCCGAAUGACGCCCGAAUGGACACGGACUUCGACGAAGAUUACAAAGAACCAACACCAGAAAGUUCCGAAGAUUUUUGCAUCAAAAAGGAACAUGUUAUGUCCUUAUUCGCGUAUUUAGAGUGGAGUUAUCGACAAGAAGUUAAAAAUAUUCAUAAUAGACGAAGAGGGUUGUUAGUAGCGUAUGGACUGAUACAUAAUAUAGUCCAGAAUAUGAUUCGAAUGAUAUCGGAAAAUAAACCUAAAUUCGUUGUGUAUUCGGGGCACGAUAAGACACUACAAGCUCUUAUAUUAGCGUUAGGGCUCAACAACUACCAACAUUACAACAUACAAUACGCUUCUAGAAUGAUCUUUGAGGUUUAUAGAAAGAAGGAUUUACGCGACGAGUUUAAAUUCACGAAACGGAAAGCUGUGGCCCAGGAUUUUUACUUUCGAGUAGUUUACAAUGGCAACGAUGUGACGAAUAAGUUAAGUUUUUGCAAAUCCAGGCAAAAUGUCGUUAUGAAGGUUGUAGACCCUAUUGAUGAUGUUAAGAUUUACAAUACAUAUCUCUGUUCGAUAGAAAAUAUAGUCAGGUUUAUACACGACGAUUAUUUUGCUAGUUUUAACGUGACGAAUUUUAAAGACGCAUGCGCAAGCUAUGGGAACUCGAAACAUAUCUAUUAGUUUGUAAUUUUUAACGAUCGGUGUAUGAAAAUAUUUUAUUUUUUGUACUUAUGUGCAGUUUUUUGAGGCAGCUACUGUUUUUUUUUUGUAUUUUAGGUUGUGUAAUUAUUUGUAACUUUAGUUAUUUUGCUCUUUCAGAGCUGGUUUUCGCACAAAUUAUACAGAAAAAGAAAACGUAAGUCACAAAUGAAUAUACAAAAACUAAAAUAAAACUUAACAAUAAGUACAGGAGGCAUAUUAUGAUAUUAAUUUAUUUAAUAAUUAUUGAGAUUAUUUAUACUUAGUGUAGCUUUAAGAGGCAUAUCAUUUAUUACUUAUUAAGACUAACCCCCACACUCAGAGACAUUUACAGUCAGUUUCUUCAUCAAAAGUUAAAGCCAAAGUAAAAGUCAAAGUAAUGUCUAAAGUAAAAGUAACGGUCA